AUGAAUCUAUUUGCAUCGAUAGAUUAUACAUUUAUUUCUUACGCUAUGACCUCUUCUCGAACUCCACGAUCUGAUACCGUGAAGUGCCAUGCUUGUGGACAUUUAUGUGCGUCGCCACCGAAUAUGGCUCCUAAUGAAAGCGCACUUAAUGAACAACUCGAUUGGUUAACUGUAGAUCAUGAUGAUUUGAGGCAAGACAUAUUAGAACAAAGUUCACGACCAAAAUAUCAUCCGUCAAUGUCGAUUAUCGAUCACUGGGAACAAGAAUCGAUCAAACGUAUUCAACGCACAGCAUAUCUUGCUCGGCAGGCAUUAAUUCACGCAUUAGAUGAACACAUGUUAAAAAUAGAGAAAAUUUUACAAUCUUUAACACCGAAAUUGCGGCAUGCACGACAAUACAUCAAGUUUUACAGUCAAAGUGAUAUAAAAGAAUGGGCGAAAACACUCCAGAAGCUGAAGCAAAUACCAUCAUUGCCUGUCACUAUUGAUGAAGAUAACAAAAUAUAUGGAAUAAUUGUUAGUCAUGAACGAUCAAAGCGAAUCUCGCCUGCAAAAUCGUUGACAUUCAGUUUGAACUCAACAUCAUCGAAUUGUACACUGAGCGGACACGAAUACCAAUCGAUAAGGACACUAAUUAAUGAUGAUGACGAUUCAAUGCAUACCGUUGAAGAUUAUUCGUCGAAAAAUUCUCGAAAUAUCACACCAGGUGGUGUUCUUAUUAUAAGAGACUAUGAAGAUCAUGACCAUCAAUGCACAACUCCUGUGAAUGAUGUAUCACAAAAUGCUUGA